UUGUUAAAACGAAACAAAGACUGCGGAGCAAAGUAUGGUGGCCGGGGAUCGACGCCGAUGCUGAGCGACGUGUGAAAUCGUGUCAUGCGUGCCAAAUUGUGUCGCCAGGCAACCCACCAGAGCCUGUCAUCGCUGGAGACUCACCGAACGGGCCCUGGGAGGACCUUCAGCUGGACCUGUGUGGACCGUUCCCGAGUGGCGAAUGGGGGAGUAGAGCGGCAAAACCGGACUCUUCUCAAGGCGAUCCGUGCAGCUGUGGCGGAGAAGAGGGACUGGAGAUCGGCACUGGUGACGUUCCUGAUGGCGUACCGCAGUACGCCACACCCUGCUACAGCCGUCAGCCCUGCUGAGCUCAUGUUCGGCAGGACCAUUCGCACCAAGAUGCCGGAGAUUGGCAGGGGACAGCCUCGUCCUGCCACUGAUCGCGUGCGGGACAAUGACCGACAGUAUAAGGCGCGAGCAAAGGUGAACGCGGAUCGCCGCAGGCGGGCAGAGCCUGCCGAGUUGAGCGUUGGGGACUUGGUGUUGGUCAAGGUUCCAAAUAAGUCUUCUAAGUUGUGUGGGUCAUUCUUUCCCAACCCGUAUGUUUUGUUGGAACUGCGUGGGACUCAGGUACGUGUUCGCCGAGGGGAUGGAAAAGUGUUCCGCCGCAACAAGUCCUGUGUCAAGCGGUUCAGGUCUUGCGAGAGUGAUGGUUUUGUGCCAUUAUCUGUUACCGAUGAAGACUGCGCUGCGUCGCAGAAGGUGGUACAACCGAGCCACCAUGCCGUGCAGGAUGCAGUUCCGAGUUCCGACGAAGACUGCGCUGUGUCGCAGAAGGUGGUACAGCCGAGCCACCCUGCCGUGCAGGAUGCAGUUCCGAGUCAGCGCACUCGUAGCGGCCGUACUGUAAAACAGACACAGUUCUACGGCCAUCCAGUUAAGCAUUAG